AUGCGGUUUCCGAAGCAGUAUUUACGUCAAAAUUUCCCGUUUUCACCUCCUAUCACCUACGGUUUUGCUAAUUCCAGCGCGUCGUCUCAGCCGCCCUUGAGAAUACUUCAACUCUACCAUCUUGUCCCACAAUCCGCCCGUCUCUUUCUCUAUCGCCUUCUCCUUCCAAUUGGUACAUACCUCUACGGUACCGGGACUUACGGUGUGCUUAAUGUUCAACGGCUACCCUUCAAACGGGCCCCGUCUCAGCGUCUCGUGAACGAAGCGCGUGCACUUGAAUUGGUGGCAAAACACACCACAUUAAAUGCACCUCGGGUUCUUGAUUUUAUCGAGUUACCAGCAGCAGAAGAGUGUUGGAUGUUGACCACUCGCAUCGAGGGUGACAUUGCGGGAAAAUGCCUCCCGUUGAUGGAUGCUGAACAACUAGAGCAGUUCAGCAUUGAUUUUAGGGAUUAUCCCACUUUGGUGGAGAGUGUCGCGAGUCGAAUUGACCAUGACAAUGGCGGGAACGGACCCUACAACAAAAUUGAGGAUCUGAACAAGCGUCUCAUGAGCAUCUCUAGCCUGAUUCCACCAGAAGACGCUGAUAGAGCUCUGGUUGCAGAGGUACAUUCCCGGCCAUACCGUGUUUUCUUCACGCAUGCGGAUCUCAAGCCAGGAAACGUGCUGGUACAUAGUGGUAGAUUAUCUGGGUUUGUUGAUUGGGAAUUUGCAGGUUGGUAUCCUGAGUAUUGGGAGUACAGCAAGGCGUGCUAUGUUGUGUACGGAUGGCAGCUUUGGUUGGAAACGAUGAAAAAGGCGUUCCCUGAAUACCCUGAUGAAUGGAGAGCUGAACGGGUACUCCAAGCCCAUACCUGUCCCUUCUGA